GUAAUUAUUAGUUUCCCACUAGGAAGUUGCACCUGAAUGACCCCUCAAGUCUUAAUUACGACUGCGAAACUCGGAGAUAAUAUUAAUACCCGAGUUUCCGAGGUGGAAAGAGUACUAAACUUUCAACAUGGUGGAGGAGAGAACAGUUUCUGUCCUGAAUGCCAGGUUUUAUUAAUUUUUCUAAAUGCGGCUAAUUGUUAGCGCUUGCCGUUUUGCUCAUAUUCAUUGAUGUACUACAUUAGAAACCAUUCUGUACAUGUUGUACAUUUUUACACCGUGAAAAUAGCUUGCAUUUGACCAAAAUUCCAUUAACUUCAGCAAGCUAGCUGAGUGAAGUGUGUUAUGGUGUCAAAAUAACAGUAAAAAAGAAAAAAAAAGAAAGAAAGAAAAAGACAUAUGUAUAAAUGAACCUGGCGUCUCAUGUUUCAUGUUCUUUCCGAAAGCAAGUGAACACGACAUAGCCGUAAUUCCCGCUUCAGAAGAGGGAAAUAGGACAAUUGCGGUAGCACGUGAAGGUAGCAUUAAGCAACACCGACGGAAUUAUUUUGAAGACGGACCAAAAUGGAGGCGUCCAGCGAUAAACACACGUGUUCAGAAAUAGCUGAGGAGAAAGAGGAUCCUGGUGCAGCUCCAUAUGGAAAUUUUAUAAAUUAUUACACAUUUAAUCCGCCAGAGAAUCGUCUCAGUUUGAUCCCGAGCACACUGCUGGAGGAUGUGGGCUGUCAGCCGGCCAGUGACGCAGAGGCGGUGCUGAUGCUGGAUGUGGGCUGCAACUCUGGGGACUUAUCUAUUGCACUGUAUAAGCAUCUUCUUCAAGAUCAGCCACCCGGAAGUGAUUCUUCCAAAAGAUUUUACCUACUUGGAUUUGACCUGGACCAGGACUUAAUCCUACGAGCUCAGAACUCUAACCCAUUCCCCCAAAAUGUUCAGUUCAUUCCCCUUGAUAUUACCAGGGAGGAGAGCCACACUGAACUUACCUCCUAUCUGGAGAAGUUUGGACGCAGUCACUUUCACCUGUGUUCCUGUUUUGCUGUGACGAUGUGGGUUCACCUGAACCACGGAGAUGCUGCCUUAUUAGCUUUCCUCUCACGGCUCGCCUCUGUCUGCGAGUGCCUGUUACUGGAGGCACAGCCGUGGAAAUGUUACCGCUCGGCUGCUCGGCGGUUACGAAAACUCGGACGCAGAGACUUCGACCACUUUAAGACUCUGGAGAUCCGUGGGGAUAUGGCAGCUCACGCUAAAGAGCAUUUAGAAAAGAAGUGUGGAAUGGAGCUGGUUCAGAGUUUCGGUAGUACAUCGUGGGACCGGAGCCUUUUGUUGUUCAAGAGGCGAUAAUUAGUGACCAGAAGAGAAAGCAGUAAGCCUUAAUUUUCAAUUAGCAGAAAUGAUGUCAUUCAUUCUGGUGCAUAACCAAUUAAAUCCUAUCAUAAACUACUAUUGUGUCAAGACACAAGACUUUUCAAAGAGUCAUUGUAGACUCCUUUUUAAAUGAAAAGUUACAAAAUAAAGGAAUUGCACUCACUCUGUUGGGGAUGGUCUCACAUGAACACUUCCCAAAACAUUUUACAUUUUACAACAUUUAUACCCAAGACUCCUUGCUACCUUGAUACUAUAGACUUGUACCUCCUGUAAUCAUAUACACUGUGCAGUUCUCAUCCCAGGACUCUUAUUCACAAUCUGUUCAUACUGAACAUCCAUAAAAUACACUUACUGUAAAUACACAAUACUGUUUGACUUUAUAGUAUACAGUGGUAGAAGUGUAAGAAUUUUUAAUCCCACUAUCUGGUGUCACCGAGAAGAGGUUGCGUUCCCUUUUGAGUCUGAUUCCUCUCAAGGUUUCUUCCUCAUGACUUCUCAGGGAGUUUUUCCUUGCCUCUGUAACCUCUGGCUAGCUCACGAGGGAUCCAAAUCUACACCAGGAUUUCUGUAAAGCUGCUGUGAUCAUGUCUAUGGUUAAAGGUGCUAUACAAAUAAAAUUGAAUUGAAUUAUCUCUUGACACAUUGAACUUUAGUGAAGUCUUGUAACUCAGUGGUUCUCAUAGUGGGACUAUGAGAUAACUCUGGGGUUAUAAAUAAAUAUAUACAGGCUGCUGUCAGUAAUGGCUAUAAACAAUGUCAUGUUGGACGUAAUGAUAAUUAUAAUAAAAUGUGUUCAGUGAGUGGGGAAAAACUGCUGUAUGCCUCAUUUUAAUACAUUUAAAUAAUGAGCCUAAUAUUUAAAUAUUUGAAUUAUGCUUGUAAAAUAAUUGUGUAUUGGAACAGAUGUGUGGAAUUUAUAUUAUAGUUAAAGGAAUCCCUGUCUGUUUAAGAACCCCUGUUGUAACUCACUCAUGUUUUUCAGGUGAAAGAUUCUCCACAAGGGGGAACUCUUACUCAAGGAGCUUUUGUGUGUUUUGUUGAAAAUGAGGAAACUUGCCAUGAUCCUGCCCCAGCAGGAACUGAGAUAGGCAAAUAUAGACAGGUAACAAAUGAAAGUAAAAAGCUGCAUAAAGUGUCUGGGUAAGGUUGAGGUGUCAGAACAGCUUCAGAGCACAUUGGUGCAGAUUCUACAAGUCUCUGAAACUGUGCUGGAACACUGUAUGAGCAAUGUUCUUCCAAAAUUUGGUGAUGGUGGUGGAGAGCGCUGUCUAACACGUCGCUCCAGAAUCUCUCAUAGGUGUUCAAUUAGGUCGAGACCCGGUGACUGUGAAGGCCAUAGCAUAUAAUUCAUAUCAUUUUCAUCCUCAUCAACCAUUCAGUGAGCUCUAGUGCCCUGGGCGGAGUCAUCCUGGAAGACACCACCCCCAUCAGGCUCGAUAUGUUUCAUCAUAGGAUAAAGCUAAUCAGUUGGAAGAACUAUGUAUUGUUUUGCAUUGAGCCUUCUGUCUCUAAGUGGACAAGUGGAGGCAAAUCCUGCCAGCAAAGUAACACACAGCCUAACAGAGACAUGUGGAAGCUAAAAGGCUGUAAAUAUGGACUCAGAAUUAUCUAGUGUAUCGGUUAAAAUAAUGUGGUAAAAAGGAUUUAAUUAAUUAGUAAUUUCCUGUGUAAUUUUGCUGAAAAUGCUAGAAUAUGUAGGAGUGGAAGUUGCAGACUGUCACAAGAAAACUUUAAAAGUGAACUUUUAUUGGCUACCCAUGUGAGGUCAUGGACACAGGGUGAUGACUGUGGCAAAAAAAAAAGAGAGCACCCAGGAAGGAAUACUCCACUAGUUGUGAAGGAAACCGCUCCUUUGGUCUGACCAUAAGGAAAUAGAAACAUACUGAAUACACUGGGGUUAAAAACAAAUAAUGUACAUUUUUUUUGUUAACAUAUUUGCUUAUAUAAAACUGUCUGAAAUCAUUUAAAAACAGUCUGAAAUCAUU